UCGAACUACUUGCGAAUCAAAAUAAAUACAAGCUACAAAGACGCGAGUUCCAAGCGAUGGAUAUCACCUUGCGAUGGGUGUGAACUAGCGCGACCCGCGCAGAAGAAACCGAUUGUCGUCUGUGGAGCGGGCACAAGGAUAUAUGCUUCGCGUUGUAUACAAUGGCAAGUCUCAGUGCGAGCGGACGGCGACCUCUGCAAAGCAGUAGCACCAGCGGAAACAGGCAGAGUUUGACUCGAACGCUGGAUAAACCCCUCGGACUACAGCAGCGAAACCUGGAGCAGCAGAAGCCGCGGCAGCAGAAACAAGAAAACCUUGGCGGUACAUUGGAGGAAAGUGCGCUCCAGGCCAUUCUCUCCGGCGAUGUGGCCCUUCUCGAGUCCAGUGUCAAGCGAGGACUAAGCGUUUCUGCGGUGUUCCAGGGCCGGGACAAGUUCACUGCUCUGCAUUUAGCAGCUCUGCAUGGCAGCGUGGAGUGUUUGCAAUGGCUGCUGUGGCAAAAAGUGGACACGUCGUUGCGUUGCCAGCACCAGUGGACGGCGUUACACGUUGCCACCAUCCGUGGACAAGACGCGUGCGCUCAGACACUCUUGUCCCACGGUGCACGCCACGACUGCAAGGAUGAUCGAGGCUCUACACCAUGUCACCUGGCUGCAGUUCAUGGACACAACCAGCUGCUGCAAACACUGCUACGCUCCGGUGCGGCGGUCGACGCAACAGAUAUCCUUGGCUGGUCUCCACUGCAUUCAGCAGCGUAUCACGGCCGACUGGGAGCAAUGACGACUUUAGUUCGCUGGGGAGGCGACCUCAAGGCUACAGACGGCAGUGGGAACCUACCAGGCCAUCAUGCUGCAUCGCAGGGUCAUUUGCCCUGCGUGAAGUUCAUCAUGUCUGCCGUAAGUGAUGUCCAACAUCAACUAACCAGCAUCAAUGACCAAGCCGAGACUAUGAAAGAUUUGGCGGGCAGCUUUCUCAAGCAGUCGUGUCUGGACUACCUUGAUAACGUUGAAUUGGACACACAACAUGGUGGCCAACAGGACACAAAUCUAGCUUACCCAGGCCAUGCAGCAGCCUACCAGGGCAACGUAGAGCUGCUACACUCUCUACUGGCUCGUCAUCAGAUCAGUAUCAAUGACCGGGAUGAAAGAGGCGCCACUCUCGUUCAUAGAGCGGCAGGUAAUGGCCAGGUACAAUGUCUCAAGUACCUGAUCGAUCACGGAGCUGAUGUGACAUUGUUGAACGCGGCUGGUGAAUCCGGCAAGGACAUAGCACAGCGUUACGCACACUUGGCAUGCGUGGCACUACUCGGUGGGGAUGCUAAUGAUGAAGCCGAUGCCAUGAGUCCAGCUGUCUAUCACGAGGAAGCAAGAGAGCGGAGUCGUCUUAAGGUUCACGAGCUACAGCGAUUGCUUGAGCUGGCCAAGGUCGACUUUGAGCAAGUUGGCGGUGAUCGCAUGGACGUGGAAGACGACGCUGACGAGAAAAAAGCUGCCAAUAACAAGAUCCAAGAACUACAGGAGUCGCUGGAGUACGAGCGGGUGCGGCGCGAGCAGCUCGAGAGCGACUUGGACGCAGCGCGUGCCGAAAUCAGUUACCUGAAGCAGGGCUCACUAAACAGACUGGCGGUGGGAGCAGCAACACAACAGAAACAACAGGGAGCAAGUACAGCAGUAGCAGCAGCAACUGUAUCAUCAGAUAAAGACCAGCUGACGGUGAAAGGCAGGCGCAAAACGCAGAAGAGCAGCUCCACGGGAAAGGCAGCCUCCAGCAGCACAGCCAAGCUAGGCGUGUUCAUUCGACAACGACCGCUAAACGGACAGCGCUAAAAUUAAUAGCAAACUAGUUCUGUUUGGAACCCUACACAGCUAUCAGAUGUUCUCUGAUCUUUAUUAUGUUUUGUCUGUUCUAGGACCAACGCACAUAUACCACCACACACUCGCACGCACACACACACACACACACUCUACAAAGCUUGAUGAUUAUCAGUGCUUGAAAAAUAUGAAUUGUUGAUUACAUGAGACUGCGAUUGUCAUCUGCUUUGUUUAUGAACAUGUAUGACUGACAUGGACCACCACUCUUGUCUUCAA